GCAUCUCUAACUGUAUAUAUUCCUGUGUGUAUAUACAUGUCAUAUCACAGUGUUUUUGCAUGUGCAUUUCUGUACAUUUGUUUUCCUACCGAGUCAGGACGUUCGGGGUAUUGCAUUUAAGAAAAUGAAGAAAAAGAUGGAAAUAUUUGAAUUUUGUCGGUGAAAGCAGACAUAUUUUGAAAGUGAGGAAAAUAAAUCACAAGAUGAAUUGAAAGUGAAAGUAAAGAGAAUGGAAAAUGGAUGGAGUUGGUGAGAAAGGAAAGAAGAGCAAACAGAAACGAGGAAGAGAGGGAGAGAGAGAAAGAAAGAGAAACUAGGAAGAGGAAUGAAAGAAGCUAUGUGAGAGAAAGAAAUAGAAGAGUAUAAGGAUGGAUGAAUAUAUGUCCUAAGUGAUGUGAUCAGAAUGCAUGCAACAGACGAAGGAAAAUGAUAAAAGAAUGAAUGAAAGAAAAGCAGAAUAAUAGGAAAAUAUGUUGGAGAGAGAAAAAAAGAGUAAAAUAGAAAACAAGAGAGAGAGAGAGAGAGAGAGAGAGGGGGGGGGAUAGAAAGAAAAAAACGAAGAGAGAGCCAGCGAGAGAGAGAGACAACUACACGAGUAAAAAAUAUAGAUGAGUAAAAUGUCCCAGGUGUUGUGAUGGGAAUACAUGUAACGAACAAGUUUCGAUGAAAAGUAAUAGAGAUAUAUGUAGACGAAAAGAGAUAACGAGGCUAGAGGCGUUUACCAAUAGAAAAUAACCUGUACACAACAGAUAUCUUUCCUAUUCUGUUCACCGUCUCUUUCUAUCUGUGUUUCAUUUCUAUAUUUAAUUCCCUUUUUCUCUUCCUUUAUCUUCUGACAUUUAAAAAAAAAAAAGAAAAACAGAUCAUUCUAAUUUCCCCGUCUUUACCUAAUUACCCUUCACCUCUCAAAUAGUUUUGCUUUUAUCUUUCCCUCUUCGUGUAUCAUUAUUAUUAUUCUUUUUCCCUUUUUUCCCCAUCUUUUUACUUGUAUGUUAUAUUAAUAUCAUUUGAAAAAAGAAAUUCUUUUUACUUUCGACUUCUUUCAAACAUUGAUCGGCAUGUAUACGCGAUGGACUGACAAAAAUUAUCAUCAUAGCCCCCACAACCACCACUAUUUUCACCAGCAGCAACAUCAUCAUCAUUAUCAUCAUCCUCAUCGUCGUUUUCAUUGUCAUCGAUAUUAUUUUCCUCAACAUCACCACGAUCAUCAUCACCAUUAUCGUUAUAUAGUGACAAGUUCCUUUCGCCAGUGAACCAUAAGAAAAAACAAUCUCUUCCGACGUUAGUUUUCUUCUUUUCAUCUAGUAGUAGCAUUUAGAAAGACGUUCUGUCUAUUUAGUUAAGGCGAUCUUCCCUUACAAGUGCCACAGACAAGCAUCAGGGCUAUUCAGGACGUUAGAUAAUAUAUUACAACUUCAUUUUCGGCUUUUCUCUCAUUCUCAGAUGUUCCCAACUUUUUAAUAGGAUUUCAUUACUGCAUCUCACAGUGAAAUCUUACUUUCACUUUCGUUUUCAAGGUAGAGCAUGCAGUCUUGUUAAUUUUGUAAUCGGACAUUUACUUUAAAACAUCUAUCUAUCUAUCUAUCUAUCUAUCUAUCUAUCUAUCUAUCUAUCUAUCUACCUGUCUAUCUAUCUAUCUAUUUAUUCGUCUGUUACUUUGUCUCGUCUUUACUUAUAAAUUUAUUUAUUUACCAAUAUAUAUAUAUAUAUUUAUUUUUAUCUACGUAGAUAUUUAUUUUUCUAUUAUUUUGUUAUACAUUGCUACAUUACUUUUAGCAUUACCUACCUGUUUCUCUAUCCAUCUGUCAAUCUACCUACCUACCUACCUACCUACCUACCUACCUACCUACCUACCUAUCUACCUACCUACCUACAUAUAUACCUCUAUCAAACUAUACCUAACUAUAUAUUUAUAUAUAUAUAAAUCAAGCAAUAUCUAUCUGCCUAUCUAUUUAUUUUACUGUCUGCCCGCCUGCGUCUCUCUGUGUAUCUUUAUCUAUAUAUUUAUCUGUCUAAAAACAUUUCCAGCAUCCUCUCUAUCCAUCUCUAUCCAUCUACAUAUCCAUCUCUCUCUCUCUCUCUCUUUCUGUCUCUCUUUCUGGAUAUCAAUCAACAUAGCUAUCUAUCUACCUUUUUAUCUAUGUAACUAUCCAUCCAUCUUAGUAUCUUUCUACCUCUCUACGAGAUUUCUUAUUUUUUUCUGAAUACCAAAGUAUUUAUUUAUCUAAACAUCUUACUAGCAUUGUGUCUUAUCAUUCACCCAGAUACUUAUCAACCUUCGUGCCUAUUUAAAAUUUAUUUCUUUAUCUUUCCAUUUUCUACUUUGAUCAGAAUUUUCUUCGCCCAUAUUUUCUAUCUACCGUUGCAUCGUAAUAUUUCUCUCUCUCUCUCUCUCUCUCCCUCUCUGUAUAAUAUUGAAAUCCCGUCUAGAUACGGGAUGAGUCUGCCGUUCAUUAUAACCUCAUCGCUUGCAGAGAAAAAUAAAGAUGAAACAAGGCGAAUGAAUGAAGUUUUAUUUCUUGAACUAGAAACCCUCCAACGUGAGUACAAAAGAAGCCGACAAGUGGUUGAGCAGCUGACCAAGGACUAUGAGGAAUCUAAGGAUUUAGACCCCGUCCGACGCUACGAAAAACUUAAAGUAAUGGUCAAGCGGACUAUAAUGCACUUUAAAGUAAAUUCCGAAGAACAAAUCAAAGAGGCCGCAGCUGCGGCAGCCUGCCAAGGAACACAGGCAGAGGCACUGAAAAGGCGUGGGGAGAAAAACACAAAAAUGACACGCCAGGAGAUGAUUGAAGAGAAUACGUUAUACUCGGAGCAAAUCAAGAAUUAUCGUCGCAAAGUGUCGAUUCUGUCUGAUUUGAUCCAGCAGCUUGAGGACUCCUAUGAAGAAUCUAAGAGAUACGCCAUGAUGCAGCGCUAUCGUCUACUGAAAAUGAUGAUAAAGUCAGUUAUAUACGAUAAACUGAUUUGACCGGAAGUGGUGUAAGAAUAUGGAGGUCUGAAGGACGGUAUACAUUUAAGUAAAAUAUAAAAAUCAUACGGAGAGAAUGAAUCAUGGACGAAGAAGUACAGCAGAAGAUUAUCAGUAAACUGUUGUAAUAACACAGUCACAAACAUUAAAUAUGCAUACAGACGCACAUACACUACAGUAUAUCAAUAUACCAAUAUAUUCAUAUAUGCGGAUAU